CUGUCAAUAAAUUUUUAAAUAUGGAAAGGUAAAAAAUGUUUUGAACAGCGCAGUUAUUUCCAUAAAACCAACCCUAAAAAUAACCCAACAAACUCGUAAUAUCCGGUAUGCAGUUGCUUCACGAACAGAAACCAUUGAUAAAGAACAUCGUAAACAUGAGCGUCAAUCUGUCUACAAGGAACCAUUCCACCCACAAUAUAGAGAUUAAAGAGAAACGGUCUUCGGAUUCGUCUUUAAGACUGAUGAACCCGGUAGCCAGCGGUGAUAAUGUGGCCACCGAGUUGAACACACAGAAAUUGAAAGAAGAUAUGCCGCUACUGCUACCCUGCUGUGAGGGCAAAGAGUUACAGAUAAAUCAAGAUCUGGUAAGGAGCGGACUGUCGGCGAUCUCAAUGAAACAUGAAAGCGUAAUGCAAUGCUUGAGCAUAUCCCAAGCAUCAGAAAGAUCACAAUUACUUCCUGGACUUGUAAAGCAUCGUAAUUCCUUCCGGUCGCUUCAUCGUCCGGAUCUGAAGCGUGUGCCGUACCUGCGCCGCCUCAGCCCCGACGACCUGGAGAUGCUGUUCCGUGGCUACGCUGACUUACCCACAAGAGACGCUCUUGUAAAAGACUAUGAAGAAGCUUCAAAAACAACAUCCACACGAGGUCAGGACUUAAGGACUGGUGACUUAUCCAAAAAGGCAAUACAGGAACACAGUAAGACCGAAUUCCUUCUCAUUGAAUCUGCAGAUGAUAGUACACUGAAUUCUAAAUCAGAGCCGCGGCCGACAAAAGAGGAGAUACCAGUUGGUAUGCGACUGCACGGCACCCGCGCGAGGCUCUACACCUCUGUCCUAGCUGGCACUAAGCCUGGGGAUCAACUUAACAAUGCAUCAACUUUAGAAGACUACGACACGGUACCUGAAGUAGUUCUCCCUGAAGAUGAGGUUCAACUUAACGAAGAGUUACAGAUAAUUCUACCACCGCGUUCAGAAGAUGGUGCGGAAUCUGUUAUUACCACAGCCACUGAUAAAACUCUGUGUUAAAUUGCUGCAUUAACGUAACAAGAAAAGUGAAUUCAAUAGAAAUAUUACAAACUCGAACUGAAA